AUGUGGUGUGUAAACGCCGCAAGUGGAGUGAUCUUGAUGCCAUCAUGCUUUUGCUCUUGUUGGAAAUGGAAACUCUACACUCCUCCUCCUACAACUCAAUUGCGGAUGCGCAAUCGCCGUCGGAGUGUGAAGGUGUUUUGUCAAAAAGGGGAAACUGUUCAUUCUUCUUAUGACUUCGAUCCCGAGCUACGGUCGGCGCUUGAACUUGCGACGGAGUCAGAGUUAUGUGAAAUUCAGACUAUCCUUUUCGGCCCAAGCUACUUGAGUCCUUUGCUCAAAUCCAUCACAAGGACUACCCUCCACCAACUGGAUCCAUCCUUGAUUGAACAAGACAUUCAACUACGCCAACAAUUUAUAGCCACACUCGAGUCCCGCUUUUUCUACUUAGCCGCGGAUGCACGCUCAACACUAAGAGGUUGGAGACCGACUUACAGAAAUGUCUUGCUUCACCUAACUAAUAAAUUCAAUAUUCCUUGUUCAACCAAACUCUCAACUCACGACCUUGAACUUGAAAUAUUCCUCCACCUUUUACACUACAACUCUAACCAUACAGCCUUAUUAGAUCUACCCACCAACUCUCAUGCUCAGGGAACUCUACAGCUUGGACUCGAUCAAUGGAAAAUGCACUCAAAAGUUGGAACACAAGACUUUCAAUCGCUUCUUUUCAAGGGAGGUGGUCUACUUACAUUGGCAAAGAUCUAUCAGUUGUUGGCGGGGAAAUUAUCUGGAAAAAUGAUUGGAGAAGCUGCUAAUUACCAGGUUAAGAAAGAGUUAUUGAAGAAGGGUGGACACUUAGCUUUGAUCAAUUUAGAGUCCAGAACUGCUUUGCUUGCAGCAAAACAGGGUUUUCUUGGUGCUGCAUCAAGAUAUCUGGGUUUUAGAAGCGUGCUCACAUUACUUGGACCUGUGCUUUGGGGAACAUUUCUGGCUGAUCUGGUUAUUCAAAUGCUUGGAACAGAUUAUGCUAGAAUCUUGCGAACAAUUUAUGCUUUAGCUCAGAUUCGUGUCAUCCGCACAUAUAAGCUGCCAUCUGAUGUCGCCGACGAAUAG